ACACGUCCUAGUAAAACAUUUAUCCUGGCUAAAGGGCAGAGUGAGCCUCUAAAACUCUGUUCCAGUGUUUAGAGAGGCCGAAUAGAGGCGAGCUUUGUGUCACUUUGCCAACAUCUUUCAGUGUGUGUCCAGAGAGCAGUGGGAACAGCAGCAAUGAGACAGAUCAACGUGAAGCAUCACGUUCCUUUCUCAGCUGUCUAAGACGUGGACCCUGAGGGAUUUUCUUUAAUGAAUCACCCAUCGCUUCUCGACACCAUGACGUACAACUGGAGGAUUGUAUAAUUCUCCCCGAAGGACGGAUCCUCUCGUCUAGUCGAGCAUCGUGGAAGAGUCGCAGAGGUAACCUCACGCUACCCAAGAUCCCAGAGUCUAACAUGGCUCUCAGCGUGCUGGGAGUUUUCCUGGGAUUGCUUCUGGAAGUUUCUGCUCACGGACCAUCCAGUGUUCCCAGGACUUCAUGGAGACAUGAAGAGGUGAGCUCGGUGGAGUUCUCCGAGCCAGGCGUGUUUAACUACUCCACUCUGUUGCUGAGUGAGGAGCGAGGUGCGUUGUACGUCGGGGCCAGAGAGGCUGUCUUUCAGCUCGACCUCAAGGACGUGUCAGUCAGACGUCACCAGGUGCUGUGGAAGGUUCCAGACCGUGACAUGAGAUUGUGCACCUUAAAAGGGAAAUCUGAAGAGACGGACUGCCAGAACUACAUCCGGGUUCUUCAGAUGUUGGAUGAAGAGCAUCUGUACGUGUGUGGAACCCAUGCGUUUCAGCCGCUCUGUGAUUACUUGUCUUUAAAAGACUUCACGCUGAUGGGAAAGCAGGACGACGGUAGAGGGAAGUGUUCGUUCGACCCGACUCAGAGUUUUACCACGGUCAUGGUUGACGGCGAGCUGUACUCAGGGACGGCGUAUAACUUCCUGGGCAGCGAGCCGAUCAUCUCCAGAUUCUCACGUCCUCAGAGCCUGCUGCGUACGGAGUACUCUACAUCCUGGCUCAACGAGCCCAGCUUCGUGUUUGCAGACGUGAUCCGAGAGGGAAGCAACAGUCCAGACGGAGACGACGAUAAGAUUUACUACUUCUUCACAGAGGUCUCGGUGGAAUACGAGUUCUUUGGCAAGCUUCUGAUUCCCCGUAUAGCCCGUGUGUGCAAGGGGGAUUUAGGAGGUCAGAGGACUCUGCAGAAGAAGUGGACAUCCUUCCUGAAGGCUAAGCUGGUGUGCUCCAUGCCUGAGCUCAAUUUCGUCUUCAAUGUCGUCCAUGACGUGUUCAUAGUUAAAACACCUGACUGGAGAGAAACCGUCAUCUAUGGUGUCUUCACCUCACAGUGGGGGAACAUGGGCCUCUCUGCCGUGUGCGCAUACAACAUGACAUCAGUGGAUGAGGUGUUCUCCAAGGGGAAGUACAUGCAGAAGGCCAUGGUUGAGCAAUCCCACACCAAGUGGGUCCAAUACAACGGCAUCACACCCUCUCCCAGACCCGGAGCGUGCAUUAACAACCAGAACCGCAUGCAGAACAUCAACAACUCCUUGCUGCUACCCGAUAAGACGCUGCAGUUUGUGAAGGACCACCCGCUCAUGGCCGACCCCGUGCUGCCCAUCGGCCACGGGCCACGCCUCACCGCCAAGGACGUCAACUACACACAGAUCGUCGUGGAGAGAGUCACCGGCCUCGACAACAUCAUCUAUGAUGUCCUUUUCACUGCCACCGAUAAAGGGUUUCUGCACAAGUCUGUGGUGUAUGAAGGGGGCUCACACAUAAUAGAAGAAAUCCAACUGCUGAAAAAUCCACAACCAAUCAAAACCCUGCUGCUGUCCACAAAAGAGGGCAGCUUCCUGUAUGCAGGUUCAGACUCGGGUGUGGUCCAGGCUCCCACUGCGUUCUGUGACAAAUACGUGACCUGCAUGGACUGCAUUCUUGCCCGUGACCCGUAUUGUGCCUGGGACACACGCGCUGCUUCCUGUAUUAACAUUUUCCAGAAGCAGGAUAACACACAGCACGGGAAGUUUAUUCAGAACCUGAAAGGAGAUGCAGACGAAUGUCCAUCAGUGAGACCACGCUCUAUAGCCAGGCCCCAGGAGAUGGUGGUAAAGCCAGGCAGUUCGGCAGAGCUGCCGUGUACCGUCCGCUCAAACCUGGCGCAGGUAUUCUGGAAGGUCAAUGGCAACAUCCUGACCGAGUCGGCCCACUUCCUCCUGAUGGGCGACUCGGGGUUGCUCAUCUACAGCGUAGCUCCACAGAACCAGGGCCACUACGAGUGCUGGACCAUCGAGUCCGCUGCCGGGAAGAACUUCACCCAGCUGGUGACCUCCUACAGUCUCCAACUGGAGCUUCCUAAAAUCUCACCCGUCCCCAAUUCUGAUGCGUCCACAUCACGCACCACCACAACGGCAGCACGAGGUAAUAACGGCAACAGUAACACCGCAGGACCUUCUCCACUAACGCCAUCCACCCUGUCCAGUGUGCCUCCGCCCCCACUAACCCGCCCCGCUACCACAGCUAAUGUCCACAGUGCAAAAGCAGACACUAAACGUUAUGUCCCUCCACAAAAUGGCGAUCCACGAGAUCAAGGACUGGAGAUCAAGGAUCCUCGUGCGACAUACCUGCAGUACGACAACAGUAAAGCACUACUGUUCCUCUUCCUGCUCUUCUUCCUCCUUUUCCUGUUCGGUCUGGCGUAUAACUGCUACAUGCAGUACCUUCCAGGUCCAUGUCUGAGGCUCCGUGCCGCCAUACUCGGCUCACAGAAGAAGCCGCAGCGCGAGUACGCGGUCUGUGAGGCGGGAUUGAUGGAAGUGUUGCCGGAAAAACGCGACCAGAACGAACCGCCACAUCAGAACGGAGCCCUCAGAGACACGGGAUACGAAACAGAACCAGAGUGCAGAAACAGCAAAAUUACAUCGAAUGGCUACGACGAGGACAAUAGCGCCUUGAAACAAGGACCAUUUGACAUAAAUUGUGACUCGCAACCAAUCGAAUACGCAGACGCCGAUAAUGGAAACUAGCAAAAGAGAAAGAAGAGAUGACUUUUAUUCAUCUUGUAUACCGAUGUUUGGAUAGAGUUCAUAAAAUGUCACACACUGAAACAACUACUUUUGUUUUUAUUUUUUUAUGGUCUUGCUGUCUCACUUUUUUUUUUUGGACAAUCCAGUUUGACAGCAUCAGUUUUUUUUUUUUUGUUUUUUUUGUGUAGAUCAAAAAAAAAAAAUCCACUUGAUUCCAAAUUGGAAAAACAUGGUUUUACCAAAUUGGUAAGUUAAAGCAAUGUUUUCCAAAUUGGAGCAAUUUUUUUUUUAGGUGGGCAGGGACUGUUUUCUCAUUUUUAUCCGUCCGUCACUCUGCCUACAAUCUGUUGCGUUGUUGCGUGUUGCUCAGGGACAUUGCUUGUACUUUGCCAAAUCUUUCCAGAUCAGCACAUGAAGGAAGGAAUCAAGAGCCGCUAUAAAAAUAAUUUUAAAACCCAAAAAACCGGAAUGCUGGAUGGAUCGAUGAGCUAACACAGACAUCGUGAGGAAAAUCGUUCCUCGUGGAUGCAGAAAUCUGAUUUAUAGAAGACUGCAGACGAAAAUGCAACAGUAUUUUAAUUUUUUUCAGUGAGACGCAAAAUGUAUAAAGUUUAAGCAUUUUGGGGGUUUUUUUUGGUUCUGUGAAAUUGAGUCCUGAAUGAACAAGCUGGUGUUCCAGGCUUGGUUCUUGUUACCCUGUGGUUCUUACAAGAACUUGAGUUUCUCUCUAACAACCCAGAUCCCGGAGAACCCGUGUGUCCUGUCCAAACGGCGUGUUAGAGCAGGAAUAUGCAAAGAUGUACAUGACACAGGUUCUGCAGGACCAGGGUUAUCUGUUUUAGAUCUUGAAGAUUAUUUAAGUACAUAAUUAGUGAAGUGGUAUUUUGAAUGUUUUUUUUUUCUUUUUUACUAACAAUCUGAAUUUUUCCAUCUCACCUCCGUGUGCGUUGGUUGUUUUCUGAAUUUCUUAUUGUGCCCUCUCUCUCUGUGUCUUUUCCCUGUCCACUCCUCCCUCUCUCCCUGCACAGCUUGUUCAUCUUUUCCUUCCUCCUCCUCCUCCUCUUCAGUAUGGAGAGGUUUGGAGGGUGGAGGUGCUCGUCUGCUCCCCCCACUGCUGAGUGAGCAGUCCUGGGGUGUUCACUCCCACCAGGCCUUCCUCCUGUUCUGCCUGGCUGUGGGUGAGUGGUACCUUUGACUUCUGCAGUCUGCCUGACCUGCUUGCAGUCUUUCAUGCUCGCUGUUGUGGUGGUUUUUUCCUCCCCCUCCCUCUUUUUCCUUCACUCCUCCCCCCCCAUCCUGUACCGUUAUCUGGAUCUGUUCUCCUAAACCUGGUCACGAUACUCCACAAAAGUGCUUCCUUUCCUUCCUGUCUGUAUUUGUCUUUUCAUCUUUCUUCUCGGCACGGCUGCUUAGAGCUCUCUUUAAUCCAUAAAAGGUUCUGUUAAACUUUACGGAGACGAGGAAGCAGUUGUGUAGUAUUGACACAAUUCAGAUGCUCGUGGAUGAGUGAUGCAUGUUGCCAAAUCUUUUGCAAAAACACUCCCAUCACUGCGUUUAUACCUGGAGCAGUCUGUGUUGGAACAUUUUGCACAACACAACAGAAUUAUUUAAUUUCUAUCUGGAUAGCUUCUAAAAAUGUUAAAAUAAAAAAAAAAAAAAGUUUGUAAAUUCAAGCCGGUGGCACUUUUUUUUUUUUUUCCUUCCUCCUGUCACAACUGAAAAUUAGACGACUUUCCUCUGAAGCUGGACUAAGUUUGCUGUUAGACUUGCCUCGGAGUAAAUAAAUGUUUUAAAAACUAAAAAUAUUUUAAAAUCGGACCGAACUUUGAACCCAGUGUAUAUUUGGCCUGUUUCAGUAUGUUGUUUUUUCCAUAUUUACUUGUACAGUGUAAAUACAUGUAUAUUCUCAGCCUGUACAGUACAUCUUUUUUUCUUUAAAUUUUAGCCACCUUAAUAAAUGUUGAAUUGAUGUUAAAA